AUGCUUAGAUGUCAGGCCUUGGAGCUCCAACGGCCCUGUGUUGUGCUUCUGAGUCCAGAGGAGCCAGACCUCCAGGAACAAUGUGUUCGAGCCCGUGUGGCACCGAAUGCAGAGAGCUUGAAACAGAGUGCCCAAGUACUUCAAGAGGUGCUUGUUGCUGCGCAACUGGCAGCCAACCAAAGUUAUGAUGUGGAGCCUGGAGACUCCUCCGACGAGGAGGGUGGCAGUGAUGAAGGCAUUAGACUCCGGGUUCGCCUAAGACGAGAAGAAGACAAGUGGGGUAUCAAAUGGCACCAGCAGAUGUUCAAAUCGUCACGCCGCUUGGUGGUGGAUGAGAUUGCUGAGGGUUCUCCCAUUGAUCGGUGGAAUGCUAGCCAACCACAGGGCCUUCAGGUGCGCUAUGGAGACCGCCUCGAGCGCAUCAAUGGAAUCCGUGUCCGCGGGUCACCCGCAGAGGUAGCUGGACAGUUCCGUGUGGAGCUGCACAAGGAGGAGAUGCGUGCCCUGUUUUGGAGGCCCGGCCAUGCACCCGAGAAGUCAGACGUGGUCAAGGCACCCAAAGUACUCGUGGCAGCUUCUGCAGGCAGCGGUGGUUACGUUGCUGGAGCGGCAGUGGCGCUGGCACAUUUACUGCUCUACUCCGAGGUAGGUCUUAGCUCUGCACUAAAGCUUGUUGAAAUCGCUCAACCUUGGUUGCAGUGCCUUAAAGAUUUGGCGCCUGCAGAGGUGAGCAAAGGGCAAUUUCAAGAACAGAAUCAGAAUCCAGAGCAGGACGGAAGGUUGGCUGAAGGCGCACAUGAGGCAAUGCAAGAAAUAUUGGCCGAGCAACAAGAAGACAGGCAAGAUGGUGAAGCAGAAGAGGCAGCUGCAGAGACAUUGGUGGCUCUAGAGCAUUUCAAGAGUACCCAGCUUUCCAGAGCCAGGAGGGAGACGAUGAACGUGCUCACAGGACACCUCAAUGGACCUACCGUUGUCGCAAGUGCGGUGUCUCUUUGUUUCACGAUGUUGACGUGCUACCGCACCAGAAAGGAGGACAGCGCCAGGGUGGCUACGGCGAUUGGCGAACCGACGCAGUUGCUGCAGCUGCAGCUGGAGAAGGCGCAGGUUGCACGUCAAUGUUUGUACAACCGAUGA